AUGCGCUUUUCCUUAGUGCUUCUCGCGUUGGCUGCGGUGUCCACGUGUGGGCCAUUACCUCAACGAACUGGUAUUGUCCAUCACCAUCAUCACCACCACCAUGCUAAGCGGGCCCUUGAAGCUCGUGCAGACUCGAAACAGACCUCCCUGACUUCUCUGACUUCUUCCACUACCACUGUGUCUGGUCUGUCUCAACUGUCUCUGUCUAAGGUGCUGAAUACCCUGAAUCUGCAAACUUCGUCCAAGUCUACGAGUGACUCUAGCAGCUCGUCUGCUUCGAAAACUUCGAAAUCAAGCAUUCUGACUACUUCUACGGAAUCUACUUCCUCAUCCAGUGAUACCGACAAGCUUCUGGCCAUGACUAGCACCACAGGCAUGCCUACGGUUCUGACCAAAGCACAAACCACUACAAGUACUUCUUACUCGUAUUCGAUAUCCGUGCCUCCAUCUGAACAGACUGGCUCUUAUGAUAAGAAUCCUUACGUUGUGAACUCGCUGGCUCCCGACAACAUCGUUUUCAUUGGUGUCGGCGCUGCGACGGGAGCAUUGUUGUUUGCAGCCAUUGUUGUCAGAAUUGCUUCAUGGUGUAUCAGUCGCAGAAAAGCCAAAUUGGAGAAGGAAGUGUAUUUUCACAACUACUCUCAUAAGUUUUCAUCGGGAAGCAGUGUGGAUUCUGCCAGCUUCCUUUUGGGAACUUCUUCUCAGCUGUCAUUCUUUGAGAAGAGCUCCAACUCCUCGCUGAAUAUGCUCGAAAAACAGUCACUCAACUGGGAUGUCAGCGGUCAAGGUCGCACUUAUAGAGACAUGCUGGCACACAUGGAGAGGCGUGGGUCCAUGACUUUCGGGCCCGUGCUUGAGUUGAUGAUGACAAGUUCACGUUCCAAUCUUGAGCUUCCAAUGCUUCAUUCACAAGAGACCAGUCUGCGAAUCCUGUUAACUGCUCCAUCUGUUCUUGACAUGCCAGUUUACGCUGACCUGCUCUCGGAUUCGAGGACUGAGCAAAGAAGUGAACCACGGAGUGAGCUGCGGAAAGAGAGACCUCCUUCACAAUUGCUCGAUGAAUUAUUAGAAGGCGUGCACACCUUAGAUCCUGGGAUGGGUCACAAGUAG